AUGUCCUCCCCCCCCUCCGUAUCCUCCCCACCAUUCUACCCCUCAGGCUCCCACAAGCGCAGAAUCUCGGUCACCGGCUCCUCCUUACCACCGCCCGCCGCGAAAAAGCCCAAGAUCCCUCCACCCCGCAAGCUCUCAAACUUCGCGCAGCCCUCAUUGCACCCGCUCCGCCAGACCUCCUUCCCACCCGACCCACCGCCACCCGGUGCGAAGGAGGACGAAGAAGACGACGAUGGGCGGGAGGAUGAUUACGGAACUUCCACCGUGCUCGCGGAGGGCGCCACGGGGAACUUCGGGGGGGAGGAUGAUGAGAAGAUCAAGCUCUCGUGAGUGGCCCCCUUCCAGUUGGAUUGCGCGCGCCGGGGGUAGGCGAUUCUAAUGUGGCGCAAUAGUGUACUCCUCGACUCCUUCGACAACCAGCAAACACAACGCUACGAGGCCUUCCGUCGCGCGAAUCUUAACAAAGCCGCCGUCAAAAAACUUGCCAAUCAGGUCCUCUCGCAGAGCGUCACGGCUGGGGUCGGUACGGCGAUCUGUGGGUUCUCGAAGGUUUUUACGGGAGAGAUUGUGGAGCUUGCGUUGAAGGUUCAGAAGGAAUGGGCGGAUGCGGACGUUGAAGGUGAGGGGACUGAGAAUGUUCGGAAGAGGACAAAAUCGGAUGGUAGUCUUGGUCCUCUGCUUCCGGAUCACUUAAGGGAGGCCGCGAGAAGGUACAGGCUGGAGCUCCGUGGGGCUGUUGGCUUUAGAGGAUCCAUUGGGGGUGGGUGCGGGAAUGCCCUUGGCGCUGGCCCGGGGGUUGGUGGUGAGGGUGCUAUCGGGGGUGUGGGCAGAUUGUUUAGAUAA